GCCUUGUGCUUGUCUACUCCUCGAUUCAUACUAGAGUCAUGGCAGCAAACAAAUCCUGGGCUUUGAUCGAAGAAUACCGUCGUCUGCCACUUGCAUGUGUCGGGGCCGUUUCAAUUGUCAUAGCGCUUUUCUGGCUCGGCUGGAGUUCUUAUCGUAGAAUUCACCCAGCUCUACCCAUGAUGGCUGGGGUCUUCUUUGGUUUCGGCUAUUCUCUGGUCUGCGCCGCCAUGUUGAACUACCUGACAGAUGCUUAUAAGGAAGCCUCGGCAUCUGCGCAGGCGGCCGCGAGUGCAACUAGGGCCAUAAUGGCGGUGGUUCUGCCUUUCGCCGCGACCCCGAUGUAUAACCACCUGGGCAUCCACCGGGCAGGCUCACUUCUGGGGUUUUUGGCUUUAGCCCUGGUAGGGAUACCAUUCGCCUUCAUUCGGUAUGGACCGCGGCUGAGGCAGAGCAGCGGCCUUGCGGCAGGAGAGUAA